UUAUAAUUCAUCUGUAGCUUUCGAUUAGCAUGAAACGAUACACUGCGUGAGUUUUAUAUUUCCAACUUCCGAAUUACGAGAACAAGCGACGGAGGAGUUCCUGGAUCAGUGUAUAUAGCUUCGUUUUUCGAGUACCAUUUAUCCUUGAAAAUUCUUUCUCCAGAGAAAAAUUUUUGGAAACGCUCGAGCCUGUAAAUUCACAACAGCUGAGAAGGAAGAGACUUUUCUUGCAUGCUUUCUCUAAAUCGCCCCAAGUUUCUAUCUCACAUUCAUCUUCGCAACUACAUUCUCUUUCAGCGAGUCAAAUCUUCAAAAUCUCCAGGCUGUCCUUAUGACCUCCAUUUCUCCCCUGCCCACGACGAGAAUGAUCCUUCCGGCCUUCAUCGUCGACUUAACUUCAUCCUUCGGUCGGAUGCCAGACAAAUUGAUACCAUCAAAUCCACGAAAUCUUUUCAUGGCCUCGCCAUUACCGUCGGAUCUCACCAACCCUUAUUUCUCCAGAACAAUUUGGUCACUCUCUAUGCUAGAUUUGGCGACCUUUUAUCUGCUAAUCAAGUGUUCGACGAAAUGCCUGAACGAAAUAUCGCCUCGUGGAACUCGAUAAUUGCUGCUCAUGCUCGUCAUGGCCUUGUGGAUGAGGCCUGGGAGCUCCUUUCGCUCAUGAUGGGUAAUGGGUUCAUGCCAAACCAGUUUACAUUGGGUAGCGUGCUGCCACUGUGUUGUGCUUCGUUCUCGCUUCCAAAUGCAGUGCAAUUGCAUGGGCUAAUGGUGAAGACUGGACUUUCUGGGGAAGUGCACGCGGGCACUGCGCUGCUGGGCGUGUUGGUGAAAUAUGGUUGCCUGGAUGAUGCCCUCAAUUUGUUCGAUGAAAUACCUCAAAGGAACGUAGUUACAUGGAACGUAGUGAUUUCGGGAUUUGCCGAGCACGGACUUUCUAAAGAAGCAGGGAUGUGGUUUCGCGAAUUGAUGAGAAGCGAGGAUAUCCGACCAUCAGAGUCUUCAUUUGUGGCUGCUAUCAGUGCUUGUCGACAAAUGCAGGGUGUCGAACUUGGUGAGCAGAUUCACGGAUUGCUUGUUAAGUUCGGUGGAAUGUUCUACGUCGUGAUCGCCAAUGCUGUCGCUGAUAUGUAUGCGAAAUUUAUGGCUUUUGGAAGUACUGAGACGGUGUUUGAUGAAAUGCUUGUUCGAGACUCUAUAUCGUGGAAUACAUUGAUAAUGUCGUUCCUGAAGAAAGGGAGAGAUGACAAAGCAUUGGAGUUGUUCUUGAAGAUGUUAAGCGAGGGUUUCAGGCCUAGUCAGGGAACAUUCUCCAUGGUUCUUAGUUCUUGUGCUCGUACAGGAAACCUCAAUUAUGGUAGAUCUGUCCAUGGUAAGGCUAUCAAGGCAAAUUUUGAAGACGACCCUUACGUGGUUAGUGCAAUAAUUGCAUUAUAUGCGAAAUGUGACCAUUUAAUAGAAGCUCUUAAAGCUUUUCGUGGAAGGCCGGAGAAGGGUGUAGUUCACUGGAAUGCUUUGAUGCAUAGAGCAGAGUAUGCUGGCACCACUGCAGUGAAUACUACCUACAAAGGCGAUGACAAUUUAUCUCUUCAAGAACUCAUGGGAGAAAUGAUGAAGUCUGAUGUUAGUCCCAACGAAUAUACUUUUUCUUAUUUUCUUAGCCGAUCGUCAAUGACUAGUCCUGAAAAUGGGUUACAGAUCCUUUCUCAGAUAAUCAGGAGGGGUCUUCUUAACAACCCAUAUGUGUCAAGCUUAAUUGUUUCCAUGUUUGCAAAGAAGGGUCUCAUGUCUGAUGCUUACUCAUUGGCUGGUGGAACAUCUGGGCACCCAUCCCCUAUAGCUUGGAACGUAAUUGCUGGGAUCCUCAACCGAUCUGGUAACUAUGAUCAAGCAUACAAUCUUCUUUCUGGGCUAGCACAUCUUGAUGCAGUGUCUUGGAAUAUCAUUGUUUCUGCUUGCUCGCGAAGCAAGAAGUUUAGCGAAGCAUUUGAAUGUUUUCACAGAAUGCAGAAAACAGGUACUCAGGCCGAUAAUUACACGUUUACCAGUCUUCUUAGCAUUUGUUCUGAGGUUUGUAAUCUGGGUACUGGACAAGCAAUCCAUGGUUACAUGCUCAAGACUAACUAUGAGCAGUGCGAUGUCUUAGUUCUCAAUGUUCUUAUGAACAUGUAUGCGAAGUGCGGGGCACUGGACGGUUGCAUCAAAGUGUUUGAUAGCAUUCCUCAGAAGAAUGUGGUGUCAUGGACGGUACUGAUCUCUGCCUUUGGACUUCAUGGACAAGCAAAGCAAGCUAUCAAAAGCUUCAAGGAGAUGAAAUUGCAAGGAGUCGAACCAGACCAUGUUACUCUUCUUGCGGCUUUAUCAGCAUGUAAGCACGCUGGGCUAGUGGAGGAAGGGUUGUCUCUGUUUCAAAACAUGAAAAGUUUUUUUGGACUUGAUCCUGAGAUGGAGCACUUAGUGUGUGUAGUUGAUUUGCUUUGCAAGAGUGGCAAUGUGGAAGAGGCAGAAAAGGUGAUCAAGUCUAUGCCUUUUGGCACCAAUCCUGUGCUAUGGCGCACAUUUCUUGCUGGCUGUGGAGUCAAAUGUUGCUGCUGAGUGCCUUCACUGAAUUGCUCGAUACUCGGUAAAUUGCGGCCAGAACUUGUCGGUUUCAUAUAGACUGCAAUAAUGAAGCAAAACUUUUUACAAAAAGGGAUCUUGAAUGCUUUUACAGAACAAUCUUGACUGACAUGUGGGCCUCACUGUUCACAAUCCAGUUAGUAUCACGGCAGGCAGAUUCCAUUUUUUUUUCUCUUUAAAGAUGUAGAAACACACUCAUUGUGAUGAAUACCAAAGAAGGUUUACGUAACUUUUUAGCUGGAAAUUUAUAUCAUAUACUGAUCUUUUUGAAACCUAAGCUGGAUAUUGUGUUUCUUUUGCUUUGUAAUAGCUGGGCAGUAAGAGCACUAAUAUGGUACCUGCAGUUUGGAUCACUACACUUAAC